AUGUUUCAACAAAAAAAACCCCAAAUUCUGGCCAGUACAGUAGUGAAGGAUACUGCUUGGAUCACUGGAUGUGAUUUCCUACCUCAGCUGAAAUGUGUCGUGGCUGUAACUGAAAGGACAGUCAUCAUCUGGGACUAUAAAUCAAAAGGGAGUCAGAAUAAUUGCUUUAUCAUCAAACCAAUGGAAAAUGGUCUGCUCUGUGUUUGCACGGCAACUAUGUCAGAUCACCUGGCUAAGGAUAAUAUCGUAAUGGGAGAUGAUAAGGGUUAUGUUCACCUGCUUACUGUGACCAGUGAUCACUUGGGAUUGAAACAACGUAAAGGCAAAAAAGAAUCACAACUUCAGGUUUUGGACCCCAAAACUUUUAACAUUGUUAAACGCAAGCUACAUGAUGACUGGGUUGUGAAAGUUAAGUAUAUUUCUGACCUAAAUUGUUUUGGAUCCUGCUCCUCAGAUAGCAUUCAUUCAUUUGUUUUGGAUGACAUAAAGCGACUAGAGGACAACUUACCUGUAAAGGAAUUUUCUGUCCCUAGAGGGGUCAAUGCCUUCACAUACUGUGGAAAAGCAAAAGUCAUUGUCACGGGUGGUCGUGACAAACUGCUUCGUUUGUGGCAUCCUGCUAUUAAUAGUAGGCCUACAGGGAAGCUAUCAGGACACCAACAUACUGUUGUGGAAAUUGUGACAAAUGAAAAAGAUCAACAUGUCAUCAGCCUUUCCUCUGCAAAGAUUUUUAGAGUGUGGGAUAUACAGACUCUUUCACUGCUGCAGGUCUUCCAUGAUAAUCAAGGGAGUCCUGGAGAGAUGGAGACCUUUGCCAUAGUAUUUGACAAUGAUCGUGGCACACUUAUCACCGGUUCAGCUGUCAUUGAUAUUUAUCCGCUAACUCAUAUGAUACAAGAUACAAGACAGGUGCCACAGACACAUGAGAAAAGCAUCAAUGUUCUGGUUUACAACAGGGCUUUUCACCAGAUUCUCACUAUCUGCUCUGAGUCAAUACUGAAGGUCUGGGACCUAGAAACAGGAUACCAAAUAUAUCAGAUUGAAGAUGCACAUGGGCUGAAUACUGAAGUGACCUGUGCAGCCAUUGAAAUAAAUGGUUUUUAUCUUGCUACUGGGGCAUGUGAUGGAACAGUGAAAAUUUGGGAGUUUGAAAGUGGGCAGGAAGUUAAAGCCUUGCCUUUGGCCCAGCACAGCAAAGAUGAGUGUCGUCUGCUGAAGAUAGUUUAUCUGAAGGCUAAUGAGAGUCAACAUGCACUUCUUGUUUUGGAGCAGAGUGGGAAGAUGAAAAUUAUUCAGGGUAACUCAGUUCAAACAUAUCUAUAUGUCACAUGGGUGCUUCCUGAAGCAGUGUCAUUUCCACGAAGGAAUCCAGUUGUGUCUCUGUCACUGAAGCCUGACACCUUACAAACACAGGAUUUUUUCCCGGAUAUUCAGCUGCUGCCUAACACCAGUUCUCCGAGGAAUGAUACAGAGAAUUUUGUACCUUCUGUGGAAAUGAAGUGUUUUGAUGUUUUAAAACUAGAAGGUUGCAGUUUGAUAGCUACAGGAAGUGCAAAUGGUGCAAUAAUUUUGUGGAAUUUUGAAUCUGCCUCUGUGAGAUGCCUGUGUAAAAAUAAUGAAGACAGCGAGACUUCAGUUCUUCAAGCAUCUGGAGUCAAUGCCAUGUUAUUCCUUGUACACAGUGCUUUCUCUUCCAGUUCCCUGCCCUCUACUGCUGCUACUGUGAGGAGUGAUAUCAGUGACAUUCCAGAGCACAAGAGCAGGUCUUUGAACCUACAUAAGGAAAAUGUAAGAAGUGAUGAAAUUAAUACUCUAAUAACAACAGCAGAAGACACACCUAGGUAUAAGAAUAUCCAAUACUUGAAGAUGAACGCACAGGUAUCCAACGCUGUACCAGGACACUCACCAAUACUAGCUUCUGCUCAUGAAAAUGGCUGUAUCUGCCUAUGGAGAAUUCAGGGAAACUUAGUGAAAGAACUUCUGCCAUUUUCAAAAUAUCCUUCAGUUCCUCUGACAGCACUAUGUACAGACAUCUCCACUAAAAUGCUUUUGGCAGGCAGUAAGGAGGGACAUAUUAUGUGCUGGAGCAUUGCCUCAUUCUUAGAAGAUCCACAAAAUAGUAAAAAUCAAAUAAAGGAGGAGCUCUGCUGGAAGGCACACUCUAAUGAAGUGGUUGACUUAUUUCAUGAAGAGGAGAAAAAUGUGGUAGUGACAGCAUCCGUUGAUGGUUCAGUCAGGCUCUGGCAUGCCAUGAACGGAUACUAUCUUGGUUACUUCGGACAACCUAGGAAGUUUGACUUAUCAGACAUCAGUCGGUUGAUUUUGCCUUGUGAUGUUAAUAACAUUCCUACUAUAAUUAAAGAGGAAAGCAAGCAUAUGGAAAAGAAGAAGAUGUUUGAAUAUCCUCUAAUGCUGGACAGGGACAAGUGGAAGUCACUGACCAGAUCACCUUCAGUUUUAAAAAAGCCUAAACAUGUGGACAUAAUUCAGGACUUGAAGUUUUUCAAAGCUCUGGCUUCUCCAAAGAUCCACAGACAACCUUUGGAAAGUUCCGAGUCUGGAAACAGAGAGGCUGGUGCAGUAUUUGGGUCUCUUCCUAUAUAUAAGGUAAGCACAAGUGUUUUCUUUUCUACCUUUUGCAGUGGCAUUUAUAACAGCAGAAGCCAUUAG